AUCAGACAUAGCACGAAUUUUCCCGACACGGAAGGAAAAAAAAACAGACGAAUCUUCAAAAAAGUUUCUACAUGAGUCCUUCAUUAGCCAAACACGUUUUUGCUAACAGAGGAGGAAAGUGCUUUCUUAAUUCAAAGUAGUACUGUACAGUCAAGUCAAAGCUACAAGGUUUGGUCUGGUCUUCUCCCCCUCAACUUUUCUGGGUUUCUUGAAAUUGAUCUGCCUUAACAUGUUCGGGUCAAAAGGUUCUUGGUAUCGCAAUCUUGAUUUUCGUUUUCUAGUAAACCUUUGAACCCAGAAGUUAUGGGUGGAAAUGAUUGGAGCUUCACAAGAUUGGCGUUUACUGCUUUGGUAAUGUUAUUAUUGCAUCCCAAGGAAACUUGUGCAUCGUCAUCAUCCUUUGUUGGCUCAACUGUUUGUCAAUCCGAUCAUUUUGCCUACAAAAAGCUUUAUCAACGAGGGAGUUCAUUCACAGUUAACGGGAAUCCAGUGGACAGAAUCCACUUUUGCGAAGCCAUACGGAUUCACAAAGCCAAAGGUUGUGUCCUUGGGGACUCUUUUAGAGACUCGUGCUAUCUACUAGGGAGAAGGUUUUUGGAAGAAAAACAUACUGAAACAAAUGAGGCUGAAUCAAAAAACCAUGUGAAAGUCAGCUUGGCAGCAAGCGGGUUUCUUCUCUUCUGUUGUGCGAUAUGUUGUCCUUGCUUCCAUAAGGAGAGGAAAGCAAAUACUCACGAAGUACUACCCAAGGAAUCUAACUCAGUGCACCAAGUUUCCUCUUUUGAAAUGAGCCCUUCGUCUGAUAAGAUUCCCCCAAGUCCAUUCCGGGCACCACCAAGUCCGUCCCGGGUACCUCAAAGCCCAUCUAGAUAUGCCAUGUCCCCAAGACCUAGCAGGAUGGGACCCUUGAAUCUGACCAUGAGUCAAAUUCAAGCGGCAACUCACAAUUUCUCGGACGACAAUCAAAUCGGUGAAGGAGGGUUUGGGAUAGUCUAUAAGGGAAUUUUAGAGGAUCGCCAGGUGGUUGCUAUUAAACGAGCCAAAAAGGAACACUUUGAGAAUCUGCGAAAGGAAUUCAAAAGUGAAGUUGAUCUUUUGUCGAAAAUAGGGCAUCGGAACCUAGUAAAGCUACUUGGUUAUGUUGACAAAGGAGACGAGCGACUUAUCAUAACCGAGUAUGUCCGAAAUGGUACACUCCGGGAUCACUUGGAUGGUACUCGUGGAAGCACUCUCAAUUUCAAUCAGAGGUUGGAGAUCGUGAUUGAUGUUUGCCAUGGAUUGACUUAUCUCCAUUCUUAUGCAGAAAGACAGAUAAUACACCGUGACAUAAAAUCAUCCAACAUUCUCCUCACGGAUGGCAUGAGAGCCAAAGUGGCAGACUUUGGGUUUGCAAGAGGCGGUCCAUCUGACUCUAACCAGACCCACAUUUUGACCCAAGUGAAAGGAACAGUUGGUUAUCUUGAUCCUGAGUACAUGAGGACUUACCAGCUUACCGCCAAAAGCGAUGUUUACUCGUUUGGGAUUUUGCUUGUGGAGAUUCUCACAGGCCGUCGCCCCGUGGAGGCCAAGAAACCUCAUGAUGAGAGGAUUACGGUUCGAUGGGCAUUUGACAAGUACAAUGAAGGCAAAGUGCUUGAACUGGUGGAUCCAAAGGCCAGGGAGCGAGUAGACGAGAAGAUACUAAAGAAGAUGUUCAGUUUGGCUUUUCAGUGUGCUGCUCCGACACGUAAAGAGCGACCGGACAUGGAAGCUGUUGGGAAGCAGCUUUGGGCCAUAAGAUCCACUUAUCUUAGGCGAUCGGUGGAACAAAAAUAGUUAAUUGCUCCCUCCACACUUCCACUACGCAAAUAUUUUAGUCUCUCUUGUUAGAUAAUAUUUACCUCUUUUACAUUUUGCUUUCACACCGUUUCUUCUACUUUACUUCCCACACUGGGUUUUUACGUUCCGAAAGUUUAUUGAUAUUCAGCUUAAAAAUGAGUA